AUGAGAGAAUCAAACCAGAACUCCCCCGAGCGGUAUACCUGGAAACAACUCCGGGAUAUGGUGGCGCGUUUCAAGGGCGUUUUCGAGCGGGCUCACGUCAUGAAAGGCGAUAUGGUGGUAGUGAUCGGAGGCAACUGUGCGAGAUCCGUUGCUUUGAUGCUUGCGAGCGCUGCUGCGGGUGCAAUGUUUGCGUCAUUCGCUACGGAUGUUGGGGAGAAGGCAUUGAACGACAGGAUUUUGCAGCUUCGACCAAGGCUCAUCAUAGCUGACUUGACCUACUCGUACAACGGCAAACCAUAUGAUAUCACGGACAAAGUGCUGAGAUGCUACGAGGCUGCUCGACGACAAGCUGGCUCGCAGCUUAUUGGGACAAACACCCCUACAGGCUGGCCACCAGUGCAGAGCUUAGACUGCUUGAUAGGAGACGAGACGGAAGCAGACUUGACGUUUACGCAAGUUCCAUUCACAACCUCAUUCGUGGUCAUGUUCUCAUCUGGCACGACAGGAUCUCCCAAAGGGAUUGUGCACAGCCAGGGAGGACUCCUGGUCAAUGGUUUCAAGGAGCACCUCUUGCACAAUGAUUUYCGUCCCGAAGAUGUUCAUUUCCACUACAGCGGGAUUGGAUGGACGCUAUGGAACAUCUCGCUAGGUGCGCUCCUUUGUGGCUCGACUAUGCUUCUUUACGACGGGGCUCCAAGUUUCCCUUCCUAUGAUGGCUUUCUCCGAGCAAUCUUCGCCAACGGUGUGACUGCGUUUGGUGGAGGUCCAAGAUAUUUCUCCGAGCUACAGAAGCGCGGAAUUCGACCGCGCGAUUAUGCAAAGUCGCUGCGGGUUCUUCUGUCGACUGGUGCUUUGUUAMCACCGGGUACUGCUCAGUGGCUAACCGAGGCGUUCGGUCCCGUCCCCCAGAUUGGCUUCUCCGGAGGCACAGAGCUCUGUGGCAGCUUCAUGACGGGAACACUGGCUAUGCCGUGCUAUGCCGGGGAGAUAGCCGUCAAGGCUUUGGGUAUGGACGUGGCCGCCUUCGAUGCCAAUGGCCACAGCUUGCCUGAUGGCGAGGCCGGUGAAUUGGUUUGUCGAAAGCCAUUUCCGAAUAUGCCUCUUACCCUCUGGAACGACCCUGAGAAGACGCGAUAUCGCGCAUCCUACUUCGAUUCAUUUCCAGGAGUCUGGACACACGGCGAUCUUAUCCGUAUAGAUGCCCAGACAAAGGGCAUCUAUGUUCUUGGGAGGAGUGACGGAGUUCUCAACCCUUCAGGCAUUCGCUUCGGUACCUCUGAGCUCUACAACAUCCUCUCCCAGCGCGACUUUUCCACGGAAGUAGUAGACAGCAUCGCAGUCGGCCAGCAACGAGUCACUUCAUCCUACUCGGAUCCCGCAGAGCGGGUGCUCCUGUUUCAGAAACUCUCACGUCCGCAAAGCUUGGCUCCUCUCCGGGCACGCAUCAACAGACGCAUAGCCCAAGACUUGAGCAAGCGGCAUAUCCCGCACUACUAUUUUGUUGUGGAUGAUAUUCCGUAUAACGUCAACGGCAAAAAAAUGGAGAUACAAUUAAAGGCGGUUUGUAAUCGGGGGAAAGAGGCACUUAAUGCGAUGAAGAUCACAAGGGAAGAGAGGAGUGCUUUGGACCAUUUUACCAAGUUUUAUGAUGUUGAGCAGGCGGUGCGUGCGUCGGAAACGAAUGCUAAAUUGUAG